AUGUAUUCCCACAGUAAUGAUUAUAAUGAUAUUUCCUUGGAUGUUAGUAAUAUAUCAGACUCUUUCCCGGUGAAACUUAGUAAGAGAAAUCAUGGAAAAAAUUGUUGUGCUAUAUGUGGAGCUAAAUCUACAGGAAAUAAUUUUGACGUAUUAACAUGUUCAUCAUGUAAAGCAUUCUUUCGACGAAAUGGUAUUAAACCGUUAAAUCAAUUUUUUUGUCAUGUAUCUGGUAAUUGUAAAAUCGAUGAACGUACACGUCGGCAAUGUACAGCAUGUCGUUUACGAAAAUGUUUUGCUAUGGGUAUGGUUAAAGAACGUAUACGAACUGAAGAACAAAAUCAACGUCAUCGUGCAUUAGUUGAAGCAAAUCGAUUACAGAAAUUAAAACAAUCUGACCAAUUACAAAAACAUAGUCAAAAAAUAUCUAAAAUACGUCAUGAUUCAAUAUCAUCUAUGGAUUCCGAUAUAAAUCAAGUUGAUUUAUUAUUUGAAUUAUUUUAUGACAAUGCUCAACAAAUAAUUUCCGAUGAUUUUAUAUUUAAAUUUGAUCGAGAUUUAACGGAUGUUCUGAAUUUAUAUUGUGUACCUGUAUCAUGUUUAAUUACAUUUUUAAAACAAUUAUCUCAAUUUCAACAAUUAUCAAUUGAUGAUAGACUUAUACUUUUAAAAUAUAAUACAAAAGUACUUAUACCAAUUCUAAUAUAUCUAUUAAAUACUACUUUUGAUAUGCAAAUUCUUAUAAAUCAUCCUGGUAUAUGUAAUAUUAAUAAUAAAAUAGCUGAUGCUUAUUCAUUAUUUUCUUAUAUUGUACCUGAUGAUAAUAGAUUAUUAGUAAUUUUAAUUAUUGUUCUUCUGUUUUGUCCAUGUUUAUAUACAACUGAUUCAUUAUAUGAUGUUGGUUAUAUCAGUGAUCAAUCAAGACAAUUGAUACAAUAUGCAUAUGAUGAAUAUGUACAAUUGCUAUGGUAUUAUGUUAUUGACAAAUGUGAUGAUAAUGAACAACAAGCGGCAUUAAUGUAUAUGAAAAUAGUGACAGCAUGUCUUCAAUUACAAAAAGUAACAAAUGAAAUUUAUGAUAUAGUUAAAUGUUUUGUUCAAGUUGAUCAAUUACAUAUGAUGAUGCAAUCAAUUUUACAUUUGACUUAA